AUGACGAGCCCCUCGCAGAGGACGCAACAAGCUCUCCUGGCCUCAUUGUCGCCGUUGGACAGCUCCCCAUGGCAGGUCAUCUUGGACCAUCCCGCCCACAUCCCUGGGAUCGACGAGGUGGUUGUUGAGACUCGCUAUGUGGGCCUCAACCCAGACGAUGUCAAGAGCAUCAGCCGUCGGUGUCGUCUCGCUGAAAACGGAAAGGUCCUGGGCACCGACGGGGCAGGUAUUGUCGUCGCUGUCGGCGCGAGAGUGACCAACCUCAACAUAGGCGAUAGGGUCUGGGCAUGCUCCAACCCCGCGAUGCCAAAUUCUGGCACGUACCAGCACUACUCUGUGCACAAAGCAGCGCAGGUUUGCCGCAUCCCGACCAGCAUGAGUCUCAUAUCUGCUGCCGCCGUUGGGACGGGCUUCCUGACCGCGGCCAUCACCAUGUUCCGGUGUUUUGGCUUUCCCAUCUCCACUGAGCGAUCAAUGGUCACAUCUGCUCACUGCCCGUGGAUCUUCAUCACUUCUGGCCUCAGCAGCACCGGACUGUACCUCAUCCAGAUGGCCUGUCACCUUGGCCUGCGCGUCAUUACCACGGCCCCCAAGCCCCAACACGCGUACCUGAUCCGUCUUGGCGCAAACGUCGUGCUAGAUUCUCAAGAGGUAGAGGCCGAGGCUGACCUUGUGGCCGCCGUGCGCCAGUACACCGACGAUAGUGUAACCCUUGCAGUAGACGAUGUGGGCCCCGAGACUGCACUGGCCUGUCGCCACAUCCUGGAGGGGUCCGCCAGGUGGCGCGCCAUCAACGAAAACUACAGUGCCAACUUUUUCACCGACGGCCACUGGGGUGGUCCCACUCGCGCCCAACUCGUCGUGCUAGCCGGCAUCCCCCCCAUUUCUCUGAGUGCCUCGUUUGACGCGCUCCGCAAAGUCGAGCACCUGGGCGUAUCCUUCAAAAUGUCGUGGUUUGAUGACGACGAUUUCGCCGCUCAGCUAGCGUCUUACGCCUAUGUGCGGUUUGGAAACCGAACGCUCCGUCCGCAGGAAACGGACCUCGACGAGGGUGGGCUCGAGUGUAUCCCGGCCGCCCUCGAGCGGGUCCAGUACGGCGACCACGUUGCGGGCCACAAGGUGGUUGUGGGGCUGAAUGUGCCUUUUGUGCCUCAAAAGUGGGAAGAGACGGAGAUGGAGGAACGCGUUAGAGAGGCCAUGCGGCGAGUAAAGAAGCAGAGGUCCGCCUCAAGGUCGGUCUCGGGAGACGAACCCCAGUUGAUAAAACGAGCUCGCGUGUACAUUGAGCUCCCGUCUGUUUAA